AUGAAAGUGGAUGACAAGACCUACCAGAAGUUUUGGUGGUUCAAGAAGGGCUCCAAAUGGCCCACCGGAAAGACUGAUGUCUUGGGCGACAAUUUCGGAGACUGCAAGUCCUCGGACGCGGUUUGCUUCCAGAAGCUUCCAGAGGUGAAGGAGGAGGGCCUGCUUCUUCUGGCCAUUGACAGUGAGGGCAAUCAGUUCGAGUGGACCUUCGACAGCCUCAACCCGGUGGCGCAUGCUGCCUACAAAGCGCUCAGGCAUGGCACAACCGCUUCAAAAGUGAGCGGCGCAACGUGGGCCCCUCGCGUGAUCAAGGGAAGUAUCACCGGGUCUGCCCAGGAUACCUUCAUGUACAGAGAUCAGGAUGGCAUCAGGUCGUUCAUGCUGGACGAUGAUGGGUGCGACUGCCACUCCACCCUCUCCAUGGGCCAUGCCAUGUGCGGCGGCGGCUGUAGCCAGAGUUAUGGCAACUGCAAGAUCACUGGAGGUGUGGACAAGCUUUCUGAUGCGCAGAUGACUGGCAGCGCGGGCUCCGGUCAUCACUGCACAGGACCGGCCACGGACUAUGGCCUCUCACUUUACUACUAUGCCCCUUAG